GUGGUUUUCACAACAAAUAAGAACGAGAUCAUUUGUCCCUUGAGAUUCAUUCAGAUCACUGUGUUGUGAAGGUCAGAUAUCCUAUAACAGGCUAAGAAAAAUGCUUUCAAUCAGACAUUCUGGUCGAGUUUCACACAAACUUGUUUCGAGGAGUUUCAGCACUUCUCUUCGAAGUCAAGCUCAGCAUAGUCACCAGUUUGUUGUAGUUGGAGGGGGAGCUGGGGGCCUUGCUGUGGCUUCUACGCUCAGCCGUAAAUUUCCUAAAUGUACUGCUAUUAUUGAACCAUCUGAGAAUCACUAUUAUCAGCCACUUUGGACAUUGGUUGGAGGUGGAGUUGAACGUCUUGAGAACUCUGUGCGGUCUACUGAAAGCCUCAUCCCAGGUGGCUGCACAUGGCAUAAAACUCGAGUUGUGGAAUUCAAUCCUGAAAAAAAUUUUGUGAUAACGUCUGAUGGAGAUGAGAUUAAGUAUGAAUUUCUGAUUGUUGCAGCAGGUCUUCAGCUCAGAUUUGAUAAAGUUGCUGGUCUAAAAGAAGCCUUAGGAACCCCUGGUGUGGGCUGUAAUUAUUCUGCCAGCACAGUGACAGAUACUUGGAAAGCUCUACAGAACUUUGAGGGAGGAAAUGCUAUCUUCACAGUACCUAACACACCUAUUAAGUGUCUGGGUGCCCCACAAAAAAUCAUGUACCUUGCAGAAGAUUACUUUCGGAAGAACAAUAUUCGUCACAAAGCCAACAUUAUGUUCAACACCUCACUGGAAAAAAUUUUUGGUGUGAAGAAGUAUGCUGACGCCCUGACAAAAAUUGUGGAGAAGAGAGAUAUAAAACUAAAUCUCAAGCGAAACUUGGUUUCAAUCAAUCCAGAGAAAAAGGAAGCUGUGUUUGAAGUUCCAGAUGAUACAAAUAGUGAAAAAAAGUUACUAGAAACCUAUCAGUAUGAUUUCAUUCAUGUCACUCCUCCCAUGGGACCAGCAGAUUGCCUGCUGGGAAGUCCCAUCUCUGACCAGGCUGGCUUUGUAGAUGUGGACAAAGUCACCAUGAGACAUAAAAAAUAUAACAACAUCUUUGCCAUUGGUGACUGUUCUAAUUCCCCCAAUGGCAAAACUGCUGCCGCUGUGGCUGGCCAGUCUGGUGUUAUUAAAGCAAACCUGUUUGCAAUGUUGGAUGGGAAACCCAUGCCAGCUCAGUAUGAUGGCUACACAUCAUGUCCUCUUGUCACAAGCUAUGGCAAACUUAUCCUGGCUGAAUUUGACUUCAAUGGUGAACCUCUGGAAACAUUUCCAUUUGAUCAAGGAAAGGAGCGAUACUCAAUGUAUUACAUGAAAAAAGACAUACUCCCAGAAGUCUAUUGGAAUGGAUUGGUCAAGGGUCUUUGGCCUGGUGUCACCUCAGUGAGAAGGGCCCUUCACUUAGGGCUUAAAAAGUAGUCCUUUUGUAACACUUUAUGUCAAUCAAAUGCAAAUACACCUAACAUUCUUCUCACCGAAGUAUGAGGAGCUUUAUGCUUGCUGUUAAAUGCACAUGCAAUAUAAAAGGAAAAUCACUUUUCUUCAAGAACAUUUUUUAGCUAAGGAAUUCCAACAAGUCUGAGUCACAGGUACACUCCUGGGUGCUCUCUAAAAUAAUUUUGGUGUUGUUAAAAAUUAAUUUAUGGUUCAAAAUGUCAAGUUGUGGUUGAUGGAUACUGAAGUAUGAAAAAGUUACAAGUCAUUGAAUGAGCUGAAGAGUGGGGAAAGUUGUUGAUUUUCUGUAAUCUUAAGAUUUCUGUCUACUAGUUUAAAAUCCUGCCAGUGUCUAGUGAGUAGAAAGGGUAGUCAGAGAGGUUUGCUCAUUUUAAUUAUUUUUGGAGUGAAACAGUUAGUAAGAAUGCUUAAUUCUUUAAUAGUAGCUAGCACAAUAUUAAUUAAUUUUUACAGCAGUGUACAUGGUCGACAUACAUGAUGUAUGCCAUAAUUAUUAUAACUUAACAUAGCAAUCAAGAUGUAAAAUAUAAAUUCAAAGGUUGUGAUUUUAAGGAUAUGCAUUAUUGGUCAAAAAGCAAAUAAUUUUUUCAAAAUGACUAUGAGAGAAUUAAUAAAAAAAAAUACACAACA